AAUCUCUCUUUCUCUCUCUAUCUAUUAUCUGUGUUAAAUUGUUCUUCUAAGAUCUCCAAAUUCGUUGUUCAAUCGAACUUGGAAAGCUGAAAAUAGCAGUAAUCUGUGAAGAAGAAGAACAUUAUUGAGGUAAAGAAAUGGAUGCUUCAGCUGAACAAACGGAGGACGCUAUGAUGUCAGAAGCGGCGGCACCUUUACCUGCAUCACAUCCGGCUGCCGGUAUUGAAAAUAUCCAGGCGACUCUCAGUCACGGCGGCAGAUUCAUUCAAUAUAAUAUAUUCGGUAAUAUAUUCGAGGUCACCGCUAAGUAUAAACCUCCUAUAAUGCCCAUUGGCAAAGGCGCUUACGGCAUAGUCUGCUCGGCGUUGAAUUCGGAGACGAAUGAACAUGUAGCAAUCAAAAAAAUUGCUAAUGCUUUUGAUAACAAAAUUGAUGCUAAAAGGACUCUCCGUGAGAUUAAGCUUCUUCGUCAUAUGGAUCAUGAAAAUGUUGUUGCAAUAAGAGAUAUAAUACCACCACCUCAAAGAGGUUCUUUUAAUGAUGUUUAUAUAGCAUAUGAACUUAUGGAUACUGAUCUCCAUCAGAUUAUCCGAUCCAACCAAUCUUUGUCUGAAGAGCAUUGCCAGUACUUUUUGUAUCAAAUCCUGAGGGGAUUGAAGUACAUACACUCUGCCAACGUUCUUCACAGGGAUUUAAAGCCAAGCAAUUUGCUCUUAAAUGCAAAUUGUGAUUUGAAAAUUUGUGACUUUGGGCUUGCUCGUGUUACCUCCGAAACUGAUUUUAUGACUGAAUAUGUUGUCACAAGAUGGUACCGCCCACCAGAGCUCUUGUUAAACUCUUCAGAUUAUACUGCAGCAAUCGAUAUCUGGUCAGUGGGUUGCAUUUUCAUGGAACUGAUGGACCGAAAGCCUCUAUUUCCAGGAAGAGAUCAUGUGCAUCAGCUCCGUUUACUCUUGGAGUUAAUUGGAACUCCUUCAGAGUCGGAAUUAGACUUGUUGAAUGAGAAUGCAAAGAGAUACAUCAAGCAACUUCCCCUCUACCGUCGUCAAUCAUUGACAGAUAAGUUCCCUCAUGUCAACAAUAUGGCAAUUGAUCUUAUAGAAAAGAUGUUAACUUUUGAUCCUAGAAAAAGAAUCACAGUGGAAGAUGCCCUAGCACACCCAUACUUGACAUCACUUCAUGAUAUAAGCGACGAACCAACAUGUAUGGUCCCGUUCAACUUUGACUUUGAGAAUCAUGCCUUAUCCGAAGAACAGAUGAAAGAACUUAUCUAUAGAGAGGGUCUGGCAUUUAACCCAGAGUAUCAGCAACAAAUGUGAAGAAGAUUAAGACGAAGAAAGAGGAAGAAUCUAUGAUUUCAUUAUUAUGUUUUUUCAGUUAUUGCGACUUGUGUUAUUUAUUUUUGUGUUAUUUAUUUUCGUCGUGUAUAUACAUGGGUUUCGAAACCCACAUCAAUGUCCAACCAAGAUAUUGAAAGAUUGAACUUUGUUUUGAUAGACUUAUUAAAUUGUGUACUUUAGUUAUGAUGUUGAGACUUCUUUUUUUUG